CAUCCAGCAUAGCACUUUCACUUUGAGCGUCUGAGUGAGGACACACACUCUGUGGCCAGAGGGAGAGACAGAGAAGAGGAGGCCAGUGUCUCUCCCGCUUUAUCCAUUAACCAGGUCUGAGGGAGAGGCGAGUGAUUCAGAUUAGGCCGACCAGGAAGAUUCUAGGUCAGCAGUGAAAGGAAGAAAGGGAUAUAGUAAAAAAAAAAAAAAAAAGAAAGACGAAAAACAAACAAAAGCUCUGAUAGGGAAAGGCUGCAGCCACUCAGGAUUAAGUGGGAAAAUCCAAAGUGAGAGGGCAGGAUGGCGUGAGAGGAUAACUGAGGCAUUUUUUUUUUGGAAAGUACCAAAGGACCUCAAAAGGAAGGAAUGUAUAAGGGCUGUCAACAAGAAGACCAAACAUCAGGCUGUGAAGGAGAAGACGCAGCAGCAACGCACCCUGUGUCAAAGCCCUGAAGAAACCACAGAGGAGGAAACUUAGCCUUUCACAGACUGACACAGAAACCCGUCUGCAGAGAGUUUGCUGUCAACAAGAGAAAUGGAGAAGUGUCCAUUCUUAGAAAGAUAAAAGGAUGUCACUGCCAGUUUUGCUUUUGUUAUCACUCUGGACAGUCCAAUGUGGUGGAUGUGACUUUGAAUCGCAGGUUGUGAAACACAUGAAAGCGACCAUCGACUCUAAUCCGACUGGAUUUCGCACAGUAUUUCCGAAAGAUUACUAUGUAGUGCACCACUACACAAAAAACAUGCUGUGUGACACUGAUCCGUGUUGUGUGUUCCCUGCUGCAGUCGUCCUCCUGGACUCCUGGCACGUCCUCCUCAGAAAUCUCUGGGAUGAGCAUUUAAAUCACUCCUUCAUUCUCGACCUGAAGCAGACACUGGAUAGGAUUAUAAGAAAGAACAGCAACACAGAGAUGUUCCUAGAGGAGACGGAGCUGUCCCAUUUCUCCACAUCUUCUUCUUCUCCUGAGGAACUCCUCAAGCUCACAUCGGACCUUUUCACUAAGUGGCUCGAUGUGGGAUGUUUACCUGACAUUGAAACCUGCACCCUGCCCACUUUGCCCCCCUCCGUGGACAGGAAGGACUACGCUCCAUCGAGGGCGAGACUCUUGACCACUCGCGCCAUCAGCGGUGUGGAGGAGGGACAGCCUUACCAGAUGAUGGACAUCACACAGCCCCCGUCCAGCGGAGCUCCUCUGCACUUCUCUUACUCCGCUUCUGUGUGGAGCCCCUUACUACUCAGACUCUACCACUGGUUGCUGCCAUAGUCACUAUAAAGGAUCCUCUUUGUGUUGAUGCACACAAAAUGCAAGACAUUUCCUGGCACUGAAUGAAUGUUUCUUCUGUUUGUGUCUGUGCUUCAGGCAGUAAGCUUUGAUAAUAUGAAGUGACAUGCAACAGGUUGUAUUUAAUGUCCAAAGUCAGUUUGAAUAGCUACGUCCACUGUCCAACAGUGCUCCUCUAACAACUGAUAUCACAGAUAUUAAACUUAUAGCCAUCCUCUCUAGAGCGAGCCACCGACUCCAGCUUGCUGUGCUCUUUAUGCUAACAAGAGAUAAAUGCUGAGCAAGCCAAUGCACGUAAGCCUUGCCUAUUGAUGUGGAGUUCAUCACUGUUUACAAUGAAUACUAUGUAAAUGUACGAUUUUACAGUCUAUGGGUGUUUACUUUUGUACAUAAAUGUAAAUUAAAGACAUUUAGAUAUAAGCACUUCUAGUUUUUGAUUUAGAUUUGCUUUAAUAUCCCAUCAGUUGCAAGCUACAAUAUAUUUAUCAUGGUGAAAGUAAAUUUACUCAAGUAUUGUACUUAAAGGGACUUUCAAGGUAUUUGUACUUUAGUAUUUCUAUUUAAUUUCACUUUCUACUUCUGCUCAAGUACUGCUCAGAGGGAAAUAUUGUCAUUUUACUCUGUUACAAUUAUCUGAGUUAUAAUUUACAUAUAAAGACUUUACCUGUAAAACAUGUGAUCAAGUUAUAAAAUUUGACACAGUUUAUUGUGUUAUUAAAUCAGCUCCACUUGAAAUAUGAA